GGCCUUGUCAGAGAGAUGAGAGAGGCUUGAGGUUUCCCCACCGAGCCUCAGCCUCCCCUCACGCUCCCCGCUCUCCAGCUUUAUCUGCUCAGCUCAGCGUGUGCGCCGGCAGGAAGCGAUGGCAGCAGGAGACGUGCAGCUCUACGCCCAGGUCUCCAGCAAGGCCAAGGGCCGCAGCACCCCCUCCUCGCUCCUGGACCCCCUCCUGGCCAUGGGCUUCCCCCUGCACACCGCGCUGAAAGCCCUGGCAGCCACCGGGAGAAAGACCGCGGAGGAUGCCUCUAAUUGGCUGCACUGCCACCAUGACGACCCCUCCCUGGACGACCCCAUCCCCCAGGAGUACGCCCUUUUCCUCUGCCCCACGGGGCCACUGCUGGAGAGGCUGUGCGACUUCUGGAGGGACAGCCAGCGCCAGUGUGCCCGGAACAGAGCUCACGAGGUCUUCCCACAUGUGACACUCUGCGACUUCUUCACGUGCGAGGACCAGAAGCUGGAACAGCUGUAUGAGGCACUCAAGAAAGCCGGCGACAGGACCCGGGCCUCCUUCCCGUCCGCCGUGCCCCUGGUCCUGCACUCCUCCGUCAGCUAUCUGGGCUUCUUCAUCAGCGACAGGCCAGCCAACCUCAUCCGGGAGUUUGCCAUGGCGUUUGCCUCCGAGGCCUCAGUCUUAGCAGACUGCACCGUGAAGCCUUGCACCAAGCAGCUGCACCUGACCCUGGCCCACAAGUUCUACCCCCACCACCAGAGGACGCUGGAGCAGCUGGCCAAAGCCAUCCCCCAGGACCCCGGCUGCCAGUGGACGGCUGCACUCUACUCCCGGGACAUGCGCUUUGUUCACUACCAGACCCUGCGGGCCCUGUUCCAGUACAAACCACAGAACACGGACGAGCUGGUGCUCAGCCCCGGCGACUACAUCUUCGUGGAUCCCACCCAGCAGGAGGAGGCCAGUGAGGGCUGGGCCCUGGGAACAUCGCAUCGUACUGGCUGCCGGGGCUUCCUGCCCCAGAACUACACGGAGAGAGCCAGCGAGUCCGACACUUGGGUGAAGCACAGGACGUACACCUUCAGUCUGGCCGUGGUCCGAGACCCCAGGAAGGACAGUGAAGCCAGCAACCAGCAUGGCCCAGAACUGGCCCCUGAACAAUUGGCACGCAGUGCUAGCAGCUUGCAGAGUUUACAGGCCGCCAUGGCGAGGAGGCGCGUGCUGGUGGUGCGGCACGGGGAGCGAGUGGACCAGGUCUUCGGCAAGUCGUGGCUGCAGCAGUGUUCCACGCCGGACGGCAGGUACCACAGGCCAGACCUCAACUUCCCCUGCAGCCUGCCCCGGCGCAGUGGUGGGAUCAAGGACUUCGAGAACGACCCACCACUGUCCUCCUGUGGAGUCUUCCAGUCCAGGAUGGCAGGGGCAGCCCUCCUGGACAGUGGCAUCCGAAUUGCCACCGUGUUCUCCUCGCCGGCCCUCCGCUGCAUGCAGACGGCCAAACACAUCCUGGAAGAACUCAAGCUGGAGAAGAAAAUCAAGAUAAGGGUGGAACCCGGCAUCUUUGAGUGGACAAGGUGGGAGGCCAGCAAGACCGUCCCGACCCUUAUGACCCUGGAGGAGCUGAGGGAGGCAGACUUCAAUGUGGACACCAGCUAUAGGCCUGCCUUCGCCCUCUCCUCCCUUGCGCCAGCUGAGAGCUACGAGCACUACAUGGACAGAUGUGCUGUGAGCGUGGAGCAGAUGACCAGCAGCUGUGCACAGGACAUGGGCGUCAUCCUCAUUGUGAGCCAUGGCUCCGCGCUGGACGCCUGUACCCGGCCACUGCUCGGCCUGCCGCCCCGCAGCUGUGGGGAGUUCGCCCAGCUCGUGAGAAAGAUCCCGGCCCUGGGCAUGUGCUUCUGCGAGGAGAACCAGAAGGAACGCCGAUGGGAGCUGCUGACCCCGCCGGUGAAAACCCUCACACACGGAGCCAACGUUGCGUUUGACUGGCGCAGCUGGGUCACGGGCAGCUGAGCGCCGGCCCCGCAUCCCCCA